UUGGAAAUUAGUAGGACUAUAGUAUAGGACUAGCUUGUAACCACGGAGACAGGUAGAACUGCAUAGGAGAAGUAUAUACAAAAAAGCUCCAGCAAAUCUCUCAGCCAAAUGUUUGAAGGAUACCAUGGAUUACUUAUCGGACCUGAACUCUAAGGAGCCAAAAACAUAUGCCAUGCUCAUGUAUGACGCUUUAGGAAAGCAAGGAAGUGGUUUAGUGAACGGGAAUGUGGACCGACUCGGAUCUUAUAGCGAAUGUCUUACAGUUCAAGCUCCUGGGCGGGCAUUCGAAGGCGAAUACUGCAAGAUGCACGUGGAACAGGAAGGAGUAAAAUUUGUCAUUGGGAUAUGUGUUCCAGAUACCUGCAGCAGCGGAGAUAUUACAACUAUGGCUUCCAUGGAUCUCCUGAAAUACAGGGGGACAUCAUUCCUGGAAUCUCUUCCUAGUUUUAUCAUCCAGAAUGACACCAUUCCCGUUGUGGCGGAGACAUUCUGCUCCCGGGGCCUAUUUCCUGCAGACACUUUUGCUAUCAUUUGCCUGUGUCUCGGCGGCUUCUUCAUCGCCUUGCCUAUAAUUGCCUCCAUUUUCACUGCGGUUCUUAACUUCCGAGCCUCAUCAUCAUUUGAGCAGUGCAAGACCAUCAUUCUACAGCGGAAACAACGGGCUCCGGAUAAAGAAAAGCCUGCAGGAAAAUCCAAUUUCCCAUUGGAGGAAGAAUACGGCAAUGAGAAGAAGCACACUUGUAUUGAUCGAGUUAUGAAGAGUUUUGCAAUACAAGAGAAUUUCCCAGCUGUGAUGAACCCCCAGAAUCAGGAGUACCCCAGUCUGAACGGAAUCCGAGUCCUCAGCCUGUUGUGGAUCAUUUCUGGGCAUACCAGUCAGCUGGCUAGCGUCUUCAACAUUGAUAACUCCUUUGAAUGGAAAGCAAGAGUAUUAGAAAAACCCCUGUACUUCUACAUGCUGAGCGGCCCGGUGUACUUGGGUGUGGACUCAUUCUUUUUCCUAAGUGGAUUUCUGGGAGCUAAGUCAUUUCUAAUUUUAACUGAGAAUUCUGGGCAGGAAGUAUCUUUGGCCAUGAUGAUGAACUAUGUCUUCAGAAGGAUAAAGAGGAUACAACCUCUCCACCUGGCUUUCAUUCCUAUAUCUAUUGGACUGAUCUCAUUGGUGAAAUGGGGUGCCUUUUGGGAGUUGCCCAAGCAUCAGUGGGACAGUUGCAGGCGGGUGUGGUGGGCAAACGUCCUGCUAAUCACCAACUUUGUGUCAGUUUCAGAUUCUUGCACCGGAUGGGCCUGGUAUCUCUCCACUGAUUUCCAAUUCCAUCUUACGACCCCACUUAUAAUCUUCCUCUACGUCAGGGCGAAACGCAUCAUGUUCGUAGUGGCGGCCAUAGCCCUCGCUGCCUGCAUCAUUACCCCAACUUUGCUUUCGUACUUUUUAAAACUUUCAAUCCGUUACCCAAGAGGUGAAAGCCAAUCUCGGAUGAAUUAUUGGGUGGAAUAUUACACAAAACCCUAUUGCCGAUAUGGACCUUUUUUGGUCGGAAUGAUUCUUGCAAUUAUGUUUGCCAAGAAGCAAUGUCCUUACAUUACAAACAGGGCACAGGCUGUCUUGGGAUGGGUGUGUGCCCUGGUCAUCAUGGUCGUAGUCAUUACACUUGCCUUUGUUUUGGAUGACACUCCUAGUUCUUACUCCAUCAUGGCCGCACUUUACCAAGGACUUCAUCGCACUUUAUGGGCUGUGGCUCUUGGUUUGAUCUUUGUUCUAUGCUGUGAAGGAUAUGGAGGUUUCUUAAAUACAAUGCUGUCUUGUGGUGCAUGGAGCUUCCUAUCUAAGACAAGCUAUGCCGGUUAUCUGGCGCAUCCCUUCAUCAUAAUCACGUACUGUGGCCUGCAGGAGACGCUCUUUCACUAUCAGGAUAUUAACAUGUUGUACCUCUUCAUUGGACACUCCGUGUUGACGUUCAUCGUUGGUCUACUUUUAACAGUUUUGGUUGAAAGGCCAUUCCAAAGGUUGAUGCGCCUUUAGCUCAAUGGAAAAACGUUCACACUACAACACAGAGAAGCAUUGUAAUGGACUACAGUAGACAUUAUAAAUUUUAGGAAUACAACUUAAAAUAAGGAAACAAUACAUUUGACAGGCACAACCAACAACCUCUACCCAAGUAUCGGCUACUCUACUAAUGUAUCACUAUUGAUGAGAUCUUAUGAGGAACCUCAGGUAUCAGGUCAACAAUAUGCAACUGGUUCCAAAAGAAAAACAAGACUAUGUUAUGAACCCAGCGGACCUUAAACUUUUCUUGUUUGCCUAGAAUCUUCUUCAACACUGAUAGAACUUCUGACUGAAAACUAUUCAUGACUUUUGGGACUCUUGGAUUCACUCAAGAUCAGCAGCAAUGUGGCUCAGCAUCUAUUACUGGGGGGAAGAGCAACAUCUACAUGGAGUUUCUACUGUGUUUCGAUGGGUUUCCUUCAGGUCCUUGCACCCUCCAAGACAACAGACUAAUUGGUUAAAGGAGAAUUCCAUUAUCUAUGAUAGUACCGGAGAUACCCGAGUAUAACACUCGAAAUCUCCAGUGCUACCAUAGACAGUACAUGGAGUGCUGGAAUGGAAUAAGUAAAAAAAAAACAUGGAAUGGUGGUGGGCCUUGGUUGGGAACCACUGGUUUACAGUAUCCAGAUGAUCCUCAGCCAAAAGAUAGCUAAGGUUUGACCCAAUAGCCUUGUAUAAAUAUAUGUGGGAUCAAUACUGAGAUCUCAGACAUGACCAGGACAGGAGGCUAAAGGAACGUUUCUACUCCAACCUAGAAAGAAAUUCUUACACAUAUGUGUAUGGCCAGAUUUAAAUACAAUUUUUAGAAGUUGCCCAAAAUUGCUACGCGAGUCAUAUACAGCACUAUUUUUUGGGCAAGAGAUACUUUUUACUGUAUCUGCUUCUUUAGGAUGCAUACACAGUUAAAAAAGAUGAACAGACCAUAGAGCCCAAUCAUUGUUGAAUCUUCACAGCUAAGAACUUCAGUGUCGUGACGCAGGCUGCGUGUCAUUGUAUCGCACCGCCCGCACCAGGCCUUGUCCUGAAGAGGACUCAGUGGCUUGGUGUGAGAACAGUAGGCAGUGGUGUUUUUUUUCUAGUUAUAUUUCUCACUUAUUUAGUCAGAAAAUUCGAAAGUUUGAUGAAGCAAAGGAGUUCUUAUUGUUGUUUGGAGGGUACAAAAUGGGUCUAACUGCAGGGGGUAUAAGGAAGAAAAGUCAAGCGUUCUCGGUAAAAACAUCUUAGAAACAGGGAGGUAUAUACAGCUCAAACAAGGCAGGAGAAAGCAUGGCACAUUUUGGAGAGGGUUAUACCUUAGUCAUAAGCAUUGAUGCUUAUGACUAAGGGGUAGCACCCCUGAAACAUGCCAAGAUUUCUCAGGGAACACUGGACUUUGCUUCCUUCCUCUGUAUUGGCUCUGUACCUGUGUAUUAUUCAGGCGCUUCCAGUGAGAUCUCCAAGUGGCAAUCUUUGUUAACUACAAGGGGUUGGGG